UUCUCCCUCCCUCUUCCACCAGCUGUCACUAAUCCCGAGAGGCCUGCUGAUGCCCUUCCUCCUCUGAGCCCCCACCCCACCUCUGUGGGGCUCACUCUCACAUACGUCUUACUCACCUCUCUCUCUCUCUCACUUCUCAUAUCUGUCAGUGGCUCAGACACAAAGCUAGACAUGUCCUGGACGCAUGCAGCCCUUCUCGUCCUCCUCACUGUGCUCCUUGCACUUUCCUUGUCUCAAGAGGCAGAUGCUGCAGCUGUGCCUGAUGGGAAGGACAGCGUUAAGGAUCCACGAGGGACGCUGAGGAGGAUCUUCAUGCAAGAGGCUGAUGCCUCUAACUUCUUUAGGCGUCGCAGCAGAAGGGGUGUGAAGUCUCAGGAUGAGCUUGACGCCGAGCAGAGGCAGGUUCGGGCUGCGGAUGAAAGGAAGAGAGAGUUCCAUGAGGAGAAGAGGAAUGAGUUUGAGAGCUACGCUGAAGAGGAGCACGAUGAACAAAAUGAGAGGACCAGGGAGAGCACCGAGCAGUGGAGGGAGUUCCACUACGACGGGAUGCAUCCACCCUACGAGUACAACCGGCAGUCCAUCUGAGACCUGAAGCGACUGACAGAGAGAGCACCGAGCACCUCUACCUAUACAACGUUUUCCAUCACAGAUAUCGCCUACAGACUGUGCUCUUAAAAAGUCCAGCUUUGUAUACAUUUUUAAAAAAUAGAUAUGCUUUUGUAACAUUUGCAUUAACAGAUAUUUUGCAUGUGCACAGUGCUUUGAAUUAGAACAUGCAUUGUUUUGUUUGUUUGUUUUUACAAACAAGUGUGACAUAUCUGCUUUAUUUUCACUCACUUGUGAUACCGCACCUUCUGGCAAGCCUCCUAUAAGACAAUUUCUGAUGAAAUCACUUUAGAAGUCUAUAUUUUGUAGCAAUAUUCACUAUAAGCUGUGUGUAGAAAAAUGAUUCUUGAAUCUGGGUUGAUCUGCAAUAUGACUUAUCUUUUCAAGAUUCAAGCAAACAAACCUCUUCGUAACACAAAUCAGAGCUUUUUUUUUUUUUUUAACUUGAGUACAUUUCUGCAACAAUAAAUAAUAUAUGCAUACGGGGAUUCUUUUCCAU